CCGAAGAUGCUGCCGCCGCCGCUGGUGAUUGAAGGAAGGCAAGGCAGCGAGCGAGCGGUGACGGCAGCGGCGGCGGCUGCGCAGGGCGCUCGUCACGGCCUUGGCUGAGGGGGCCUGGCGGCCGGAGAAGGGGAGGCAGGCGGGCACCUGCUGCCAUCCCUGCGGCCUCGGGGUCGUGGCGCAGCGCCAGUCACAGCGCCUUGGAGGCCACCGCGGGCGCUUCGGGUUGGCAUUGGCGGCUGGGCUCCCGCGCCGUCCGGCUUGGUGGGCUCCGGAGUCGGCAGCCGGCAGCAGUCGCCUUCGGGCGCGACAGCGGAGGCGAGCAGGGACAGCGCCGGACUGGCAGCGUGAAUGAAAGUUUGGUCCGAAUUCCGCGCCGGGGACUCCAAUCGUCAUGUUAAGAUAAAGCAGAAAGGCGCAGUGCUGAACAUGCUAAAGAGGUUAGACAAAAUAAGGUUCAGAGGUCACAAGAGAGAUGAGUUCCUCGAUUUAGCGGAGUCUCCCAAUGCUUCAGACACUGAAUGUGGAGAUGAAAUACCUGUGAAAAUACCUCGUACGUCUGGCAAAGACAAUGAUGAACUGAGAGACCCUGCUGGUCCUGGGACCAUCAAUAUGGCUUCAGGAAUCCAGGAUUACAACAGAACAGAGUCUGAUAGAUUAAAUGAGAUCAAAGGCCAUCUGGAAAUCGCCUUGCUAGAAAAACACUUUUUACAGGAGGAGCUCAGGAAACUGAGAGAAGAAACAAAUGCUGAAAUAUUGAAACAAGACCUAGAAAAAGAACGUCAGAGGAGAAUAGAACUGGAACAAAAAGUGAAUGAAAUACUCAAAACAAGAACAGAAGAAACACCUCCUACUCAGCAGCCCCCAAAAGCACAGACACAAGCCAAUGGAACAGAUAAACGCAGCCACAUGGUGUGUUCGAGAGUUCAGAAGUGGGUGUAUGAAAAAUUUGGGGAAUAUAUUGAAGACUUCAGGUUUCAGCCAGAAGAAAACACAGUGGAAACAGAAGAGCCCCUUAGUGCUAGAAGGCUUACAGAAAAUAUGAGAAGAUUAAAGAGAGGUGCCAAACCUGUCACAAAUUUUGUGAAGAAUCUUUCUGCCUUAUCCGACUGGUAUUCUAUAUACACUUCUGCUAUUGCCUUUAUUAUCUACAUGAAUGCUGUAUGGCAUGGCUGGGCCAUUCCUAUGUUCUUAUUUUUAGCAAUUUUGAGGUUAUCCCUAAAUUACCUCAUAGCCAGAGGUUGGAGAAUACAGUGGAGUAUUGUGCCUGAAGUUUCUGAGCCCAUAGAACCUCCAAAGGAAGAUCUAACUGUGUCAGAAAAGUUCCAGCUUGUUCUGGAUGUGGCACAAAAAGCUCAGAACUUGUUUGGCAAAAUGUCAGACAUACUGGAAAAAAUUAAAAACUUGUUUAUGUGGGUCCAGCCUGAAAUAACGCAAAAGCUAUAUAUUGCUUUGUGGGCAGCUUUUAUUGCAUCCUGCUGUAUUCCAUACAGGAUUAUUGGACUUGCAAUGGGACUUUAUGCAGGAAUCAAAUUUUUUCUCAUUGAUUUUGCCUUCAAACGAUGCCCAAGACUGCGAGCAAAAUACGAUACUCCCUAUAUCGUAUGGAUAAACUUGCCCACAGAUCCUCAGCUCAAAGAGAGGACUAAUGCUACAGUAUCAAGACGGCUUCAAACAGCUGCAUCACGAAGCUGUGUAGGUGCAAGUGCCCCAGCCGGAGUGAACAGAGAUGAAGACAGCAGCCGUUUUCAUACCACUAAGAGAGGCAACUUCCAUGAAGUAUUUAACCUGUCUGAAAAUGAGCGCCCUUUGGCAGUGUGUGAAAAUGGCUGGCGCUGCUGCUUGAUUAACAGAGACAGGAAGAUGCCCACAGACUACAUUAGAAAUGGAGUGCUUUAUGUUACUGAAAAUUACUUAUGCUUUGAAAGCUCCAAAUCAGGCUCCUCUAAAAGAAAUAAAGUUAUAAAACUAGCAGAUAUAACGGAUAUUCAAAAGUACAAAGUGCUGUCUGUUCUCCCAGGAUCUGGGAUGGGUAUCGCAGUAUCAACACCAUCUACUCAGAAACCUUUAGUGUUUGGUGCCAUGGUACACAGAGAUGAAGCUUUUGAGACCAUUUUCAACCAGUAUGUGAAGAUAACAUCUACAGCAUCCACCAGUGAAAGCUAGUAUAUCACCACUGCUGCUUCUCCUGGGGAGACUUCGUUUUUUAUUAAUUUUACUCACUCCGUAGUGAAAAAAAGGUGGAACACCCUUCAUCAAUUCUGCAAUAAUUUUCUUCAUUGCAUAUAUCUUAUGUUACAUAAGUGUAUUUUAUAUAUGCCUUCAUGUUUUUGUUUUUUAAAGCUUUUGUAAAAAAGAAAAAAGAAAAAAGACCAUGAAAAGUGCUAUCCUCACUAUCAGCCUUGCACAUUAAGCACUUUUAAUGUUUAUUUACUGACAUUAAAAAGCUUAUGAAGCUACUUAGCACAACUGGCUUGAGGACAGACCGCAGGAGAUGUCUUGUCCACCCUGGAAAUCCCAGGGCAUGAUGGUACAUUCUGCUCUUCGGCUAUGAGUCCUGCACAUAUCGUAUGUGCAUGAGUCGUAUUGAUGUCAGUGGCAGUUCUGUCUAUGUAACUGAGUGCAGGGUUGCAGCCUGACUUAGCAAAACAUGUUAAUGACAUGCUUUUGAGAAGUCUCUAUUUUACUAAUCAAUAGAUAACUUAUUAAUUGAAGGUAUGAAUGCCAGCAGUUGAGCUCCAGGCAAAUUUUCUUACUGACUCCUGUACCUUUUCAAAGAACAUAUAUUUCUGGACAGGUCAGGGUAGUUUUUGGUUUUCCUGCUGGCUGGCUUUCCAGUAUGGCAAAAGCUAUGGUCCUGAUUAGAAGGAAAAAUUGGGAGUUUAAAAUUCUUUAACUGAUCACAGUGAAAGAGAUAAAUGAAAAGGCACUGAGCCUUUCCGACUGGCCCUGCUCCUCAACCUCAUUACUUUAGAAUAGUAUCUGGAGCAUAUAUAGAGGGAUGAUUUGGACAAAUGCAAUUAAGGAAUGGUGCACUGUGGAGGACAUCUGCUACCACUCGCCUCUUAAUCAUGUGGGAGCAGGGCUGGUCAGAAAGUACCAUGCAGACCAUUCCCUUGACACUUGUAACCAAAAGGUGUAUCAAGCAAUUUGUAUUUCCACCAACUCUGGAAUAUUUAGGAGUGUAUCUGUGGGAGAGAUAAUUAAUCCUCCGCACGCUAAGAGUUGGCCUGCUCCUUUACGUUCUCUUUUCCUUGAACAACCCCUAGCAGGGAUACUUUGCUAAUACAACAAUUAAAACUACUAUUUUCAGUAGAAGGUAACUUUUGCAAGAAUUUCCAAUGGUUGUGAUUUAUCUCCAUUUCAAAUAACUAACAUUCUCCAGCAGAACAGUGGCACUGUUCUGCUUUCACAGAGAAUCUGUUUUCCUACCUUUCAAAUACUUGGUUUUGAGAUUUAUUUAACGUUAUGAAAUAAUUAUAUAUUCUGUGUAGUAAAAAUGCCUCCACAAAUUUUUCUUCAGAGUAUCAAAAUGUCCACCUUUUAUCUUUUGCGUUCUUAUGUUAGUCGUAUGCAUUGUAUUUGCUCAAAAAUGCCAAUAAUUUAAUUUGCUGCUGUUGAUCAUUUUACUCUCUUGUAGGCUCUUGCUCUGCUUUCUAUGUGACAGGCUGUGUAUGUGGAAAGCUUUAAUCAAGAAACCUCCAAAAUUUUAGGAGCUAACCUCAUGUUACAGCCAGAUGUAUUUGUAGCCUGUGUGGAGGUGGGAGGAAGCAAAAACAGCUUUGGGUGGGCCAUUUUUUAUACAGUCCUCUGCUUCCGCAAUUUCCCCACUUCAAAUCAAUCUCUCAGCCAUUUUUCCCAAGUGGAUUUUUUCUCAUUUCUUUACAGGUGACUGGAGCUCCAUUGUGGAAGCUACCGGUAUUGGAGGGAGAUUUGGAGUAGGAAGCUGGUAGUUGAGGAAAGGAUAAAGUGCUCCCUCUUCCUGUUUCUCUACUUCUAAUCUAAGAAAGCCCUAACCCAAAGCUUGUCAUAAUUUUUUUUUUAAAGACUGAAGGCUUUGUCUCAUAUUUGUAUUUAACAUGAGUCUAGCCCCUCAGUUAAGUUUAUCAUCAUCAUCAUCAUCAUUGAUGAUGAUGAUGAUGAUGAUGAUAUAGAUGUUGUCAUAUGAAAAUGAGCUUCUGUGGACUUGGGUCCAUCUUAGUGCUGAAUGCUGCUUUUCCACAUUGUUAAUGUACUAGAAGAAAGCAUGGAUUUGUGGCAACAAUAAUCUUGGAAGAAUAUUACAGACAGACUUCCAUGCACUGAGAGAACUUUUCUCUUCUCAAAAGGACAUAAGCAUAUUUGAAGUUUACUGUCUAAACUUACUCUGACUAUUUAUCAGUCUGAAUCUGAGAGGCUGGCAGAGGAGGCUCACAGACGUCCCCGCAGUAUAACAAAUUGUUCUGCUGAUAACAUGGAAGCAUCUCUAAGCAACACAACUGCUUUUUCUUUUAAUUUUAAAGAUGACCUGUGAGUUGUAUAUGUUUUUGAAGAGGUAGGUUGAAGGUAUUUGGAGAUAAUUAUUCAAAAGCAGUGGGACAUGCUAGAAUUUUUAAUAGGGGUUUUGUCAAGCCAGCAGGUGAACAAGUAGUAAUUGAUGGAUAAAUAAGCAUUAAACUAGCUUAAUGUUUUAAAUAACCUAAAUCGGAAUCAUAGUACAUUGAGUUUGUCUUUUAGAAAAAAUCCCUUGGGUGUUCAUGAGGUUCUCGUUUUUUGAAAAAACAGAUUAUAUUUUUUACAGAGUGAGCAGUUUUUCUUAUUUUUGUAUCAUUUUCAAAUGUAAUUUUUACCUUCACUCUGAUCAUGAGAAUACUGGUUCUGGUGAAAAAUCAGGUAACGGCACUUAUUACCUCCUCCCCCUACUGGCCGACUGAAGUAUUGUUCUAGAACGUGGUUUUUUGAAGUCCUUUCUGACACCAAUGUGAUGACAAUGCCACAACCAUUUAUAUUUUCAGAAUGGUAAUAUAAUAAAGAUAAGGUCCCAGCACAUGUAAUGGUUUUUAGUUUUUUCUCUACUUUGAUAUUACUAAUACCAGUUUGUUCAAAAAAACCUGCACUUUUAACAAUGCAAACUUAAAAAAAAAAAUUAAAGUUGAAAAUGUAUUGCAAAUUACAAUGCAAUGAUGGUUCAUUCCAAUAUCAGAUAAACGAACUGGAUUCUUAGAGAGCAAAUGUGUAAUAUAACAAGUAGACAUGCAUAUAUUUUUGCAAAGUUCAACUUUACAUUACACAAAGGACUACUGCAAAAUUAACUGCUAUGUUGUGUGAUAUGCCAUCAAGCAAUGCCCUAAGAAUAACUUUGGUGCACUUGAGUACCUCUCUGCUUUUUUAUUCCUUAUGUUCUGAAAUGUUGAACAUUUGUCAGCCUAUCCUGUAUUCAUGAAACCACUCUAAAGUUUGGUCUAAAUUCAUAUCCUUACAUGGAAUUUGCAGUACAAUCCUGUUUAACAGAAGUGUUAUUUUUCAACAGCAUUUUAAGCCCAUUCUUCAUAUAUUUGCUGUUUAUAUAUGUUAUUCUGAUGACACCUGUGGCUUAUUGGUGAACUUUUUGUAUUUAAUUGCAUAACUUCUUUCAUUGGAAGCGUAGUGGUCAAGUUUGAGUUCCUUUCUCGGAAUAAAGGGAGAUGAAAACUGAUCACAUCUUACGUUCCCUGUUUAAAUUGCCAGAAGGAGACAUUUUAUAAGAUGCAAGAACAGUCACUUUUGCGAAACAAGUUUUGACUUUAAGUGAGUUUAUGUAGCAACAUCAGACAAAAAUCCAACAAAACCAAUUCAUGAUUUCUGUAGGCCAUGUGAGGAAAUGGUGGACAGAGUAUAGACAUUGUGAAUCCUUAAAACAAACAAACUUGGUAGUUUAUAACUAAUUCUGUACAUUUUGGCAGAUGUUUUCUUUCUGCUACUAUUCAUUAAAAUAGAAUGGAUGUGAAAUAAUUUUUAUGUCUGAAGUUUGAGUAUAUUUUGAAAUUGUAAAUAAUUCAUUAGCAGUGUAACUUUUGUUCAACAAGAGACUUGUAAUGUAUGAAAAACCGAAACCAUUUGCCCUGUACAUUUUUUUAAAGAGAAUCUUGUUUGUUUAAAAAAGUGUGGGUGGGGGUGUCUUGGAAUAAAUUAUAAUUUUUAUUUAAAUAAAAUCCUAAAAAUGC